AAAUCAGUUCUAGUGUUGACUACAGAGGUGUGGGUGGGUUAGUAGAGGAGAGGAAGCCGGUACAAGUUGUAAGUGGUGUAAACGUAAAUAAUAUGGUUUCUAUAAUACCACGAGUGUUUAGGGAGUCCCUUCCAGGACUACUACACCUGGGAAGUGGGUUCAGUAGACAGGAUGUUUUACGGACAGCUGCACCUGCUCUGCAGAGAGCGUACCAUGAAGUUACUGGUGAUGAACUUUGUCCCAAUAUGGUGCGUGGCAUAGAUCACCUGCGAGAUCCGAGGCUAAACAAGGGUUUAGCGUUUACCUUAGCUGAAAGACAGCGCUUAGGAAUUCAUGGGCUGAUGCCUCCAAGAUUCAAAACACAGGAAGAGCAGUUAGAACUCUGUAAAGUUAGUGUAGAACGAUACCAGGAAGAUCUGAACAAGUACUUGUACCUCAUUGAACUGCAGGAUCGCAAUGAACGGCUCUUCUUCCGGCUUCUAUCAGAAAAUGUGGAGCAGAUGAUGCCUAUUGUUUAUACUCCUACAGUCGGCCUUGCUUGCCAGAAGUUUGGUCUUAUUUACCGGAGAGCACGUGGGCUAUUCGUCACCAUCAAUGAUGCUGGACAUGUCUACAAUGUCAUCAAAAACUGGCCUGAAUCUGAUGUGCGAGCCAUUGUUGUGACAGAUGGUGAACGUAUACUUGGCCUGGGUGAUCUUGGUGCCUGUGGCAUGGGAAUACCUGUUGGAAAACUUGCACUGUACACUGCUCUUGCUGGAAUCAAGCCUCACCAAUGUCUGCCCAUAACAAUUGAUGUAGGAACAAACAAUCAGCAAUUGCUCGAUGACCACCUCUACAUUGGCCUGAGGCAUAAAAGAGUGACUGGCGAACGAUAUGAUGCCCUCAUUGAUGAAUUCAUGCAUGCUGUUGUGAGGCGCUAUGGCCAGAAUGUACUCAUACAGUUUGAAGACUUCGGAAAUCACAAUGCUUUCCGUUUCUUGGAUAAGUACCGUAAUAAGUACUGUACGUUCAAUGAUGACAUUCAGGGCACGGCAAGUGUAGCAGUUGCAGGUUUACUGGCAUCUCGCCGUCUCACCAAUACAAGACUCUCGGAUAAUACAAUUCUCUUCUUAGGGGCUGGAGAGGCAGCAAUUGGCAUUGCAGACCUUUGUGUUCAAGCAAUGCAGACAGAGGGAACCACUCUCCAAGAAGCAAGAGAUAAGAUCUGGAUGGUUGACAUUGAUGGUUUGCUAGCCAAAAACAGACCUGAGGGCAAACUGGAUGGUCACAAGGCAUAUUAUGCUAAAGACCAUGCAGCUACAAAGAGUCUUGCUGCUGUUGUGAAGGAGAUCAAACCUUCAAUACUAAUUGGUGCAUCAGCUGCUGGAGGAGCCUUCACACCAGAAAUUUUGAAGGAUAUGGCAUCUUUCAAUGAGAGACCUGUUAUAUUUGCUUUGAGCAAUCCAACAAGUAAAGCUGAGUGCACUGCUGAACAAGCAUAUACAAACACAGAGGGCCGCUGCAUUUUUGCCAGUGGUUCUCCUUUCCCACCUGUACAGCUUGAUGGUAAAACUUACUAUCCAGGACAAGGAAACAAUGCCUACAUUUUCCCUGGCAUUGCAUUAGGCGUUAUUGUCACAGGCAUUCAUCAUAUUGAGGAACAGCUGUUUCUGAUUGCUGCACAGACCGUUGCAGACCAUGUGACUGAUGCUGAUCUGGCUAAUGGAAGACUGUAUCCUCCUCUGGGGUGCAUAAGAGAAUGUUCAGUCAACAUUGCUACACGAAUAGCAGAGUAUGCAUACAAGAAAGGUACAGCAUCAGUAUACCCAGAGCCAGAGGACAAGCGAGCAGUAGUUUUGUCUGCUAUGUAUAAUCAUAAUUACGAAGAUGCACUACCUGAUGUAUAUCCAUGGCCUGAACUUCCUGCAUCCAAGAGUGUUACUAUAGAUAAGCCUACAAAAGCAAGGAGCAUAGAGUUGUAGGCCUAAGUAACAGAAAACCCACCAGCAAAGGUAGAAAUUCCUUUGUUUUGUGCACCACACAUUACUGUCUGUAGAAAGACGCAAAACCCCUACCCUCUUCCAAUUAACAUUCUUCAUCAGUAAUGUCACCAUUAGUGAGCACUCACCAUUCUUGUAUGUAAAUUUUAAUGGGAGACUGGAUAUUAAUUUAUUUUUAUAAUUUUUUAUAUUUUCUCAUGUUUGUUAAGUAGAAACCAUUUUAUUUUUAACAAAUUUUAUCCGUAAUGAUCUUAAUCUUACUAGUUAUUUACAGUGACUAAUAUUUCUGCCUAAGUACAAAACAUUAUUGUCGUUAAAUACUUACAAAAGUAGGUAGCCCAUUUAUGAACAUAUGCAGAGGAUUGUCAUUACAAUUUAACUAACUGAAACAUAAGUACAGUGUGUACCAGAACUGUACUCAAAGGCCACAAAGAUUUCCAUUGAUGUCAGUAACACAUUAUGUGUGUACAAGUGUGGCUCCUACCCCAGUAAGAUCUGCAGAAACCUCUUAAGAUACUUUGAUUUCUUUAAAUAAUUUAUUAGUUUCACUUUUGUUCCAUUGACUAAAGGUAGAAACUGAGUGUACGUUGAUCAACAAAGUAUAUGGACUUUUUUGUUACGUAUAUUGAUUUGUGAUAUUGUAAAAUUUUACCAGUCAUACCAGUUUUCUCAUUGUUCUUUCUUCUGUCUCUUAAUUGUGUGGUAUUGUCCUUAGUUAUCCAGUAAAAAUCAAGUGCUCUAAUUAAAGUAAAGAUUAAAAAUGGUGUAUAAGAUACAUGUUUCAUAAAUUUAGAAACUAUUGCAGUCUUAAUAACAGUGUUUAUGAUUCUGGUUUUUAUUCAAAGUUCCUAUAGAAACUUGUCAGAUUUGUGUGUUAUUUGCUGGAAAAACCAAACUUAUUGUGAUAGAACGGAUCUUUUUAAGCCGUACCAUUUUAGUCAGUUCUUGCUUUAGACAUAUUAACACUUAGUGUGUGUUAUGGAUUAUUGUAGCAACAGUAUUAAGAGCAUUGUUCAUUUUAGUCAUAUUUUUCUUCUUCUUCAUUGCUAUCAUCAUCAUUAUUUGCAGGUACAUCCAGCAUUAUAAAAAUAGAUAAAACAUGUCUGAAUUGACUGGAUAAAAAAGCCACAACCUGGCCAACAGCAAUAUGGAAAAACUUGUAAUGAAUGUUAAAGAUUCUGAGGCUUAUUAAGAAUGAAAAAUGUAAAAGUGAGAAAAAUAAGAAACAGUAGCAAGGGAAAUAAGACAUUCUUUUGAAACACACUGAUAUUUUCUCGUGUUGCUUUUGGUCCAGUUGCAGUCCAUACUUUGUUAGAAGUUUUUUAGCCAUCUUCCCUUUUCGGUAGCCUUGCACAGUUUAUAGCUUUCAUAGUUAUUUUCAUCUGUGAUUAUUUAUUUAUUUAUGUAUUUAUGAGUAUUAUUGAUUUUUAUACCAUUGUGACAGUACUUCUUACAAUCUUGUUUGUUUGUACCGUCAAAGUCUGUUGCGUGUUUUUUUCAGUGAAUAUUGUGUAACUUUAAACCUUGCUAUAAUUUGUUAAGUGACAACUGAAAUUUUCCUGCUUUUCUGGUGAAGUAAUGAAAGAUUGGUCUUCUGUAACUGUGUGUGUUAUUGGGGCUAUUUUGAUAUUAGUACAUUUUUUGCUCAGAAUUUCAUUAAUCUUAGUUGUUCAUCAACAGUGAAUUGUGCUAUUUACUAUCUGUCCCAUUGCGGUAAUAUUUCAUUGAACUGAUGUUUAAUAAAAAAAAUACUACCCUUAAAUAUUUCCACUAACAAGUAUCCCGUCCGUUUAUCACUUUGUUUAUGGAGUUGUGUGUUUGUGCAGGUAUAUACUUGCAUUUUGGAUUGAAGAAGAGAAUUCGAUGAAAGACACACACUUAGUGCCUUUAGUCCUUUUUCUGGGUGUUUUUUCACAAUUUGUCUAUAUUGUCCACUUUAAAUUUUGUUUAAAAUUGACCCUCUGAAUGUUUUAAUUUAAAUUGUGCUUUAAUAAUAUUUUUUAAUAAAAAUGUAAACCAAUUAUAUCACCUAAUUUAUGGUAAUUGGCACACCAGUGGUAAAAAUUUCUGGCAUGCUUUGUUUUCUCUUCUUACUGAAGUUAAGAGUUAUGAAGACAUUGGCUUGGCAGAGGAAAAUAUUUCACCACUUUGCAAUGUUCCACCAAAAUUUGGACAUUUUAUAUAAAAAACCUUUUUCUGUUUAAAUGAAACAUCCAUAUUAUAUCACUCUAUUUCAUGAAAUGUUAUAACCAAGAUUGGGUAGUUACAUGAAACCAUCUCCGAAAUAGUGUGUUAUUGUGUAGUAGUGUUCUGGCUACAAAACUUUAUGAAAACCAAACAGUUACCUCAUGUAAUCUGCUACAGGUGAUUACAUUUUACACAUCAAUUUUAUUUCUGCAGUUACCUGUACUGCCUAAUGAAGACACUAUUUCCAGGAUAUCUGCAAAUGAAUAUUUUGUUAUCCCCAAUAGACAUACUGUUCCACCUAUUUCUUUAAAUGUUGUCUUUCAGUUUGGUAAUACAUUCUUCCAGUGUGUUUCAGUGUUACACACCCCUGAAGCACUGUAUUGAUUCAGUGACUGUUAGUCUUCCAUUUCACGUCAGCCAUCUUCAUUCUUUAAUAAUCUUCAAGCACCCAUGCAGUUACCAUUUCCCAACUCUGAUUCCCAGGCAAGCAUGCAUUUUAUUAUCUUAUUUCCUGAUUUUGUUGUUACUGAAUAUUAAUGUUUCUAUGUCUAGAAGGGUACAUGUGUCCAUUGAGUAGUGGAGAAAACACAAGAUGUGUGUUCGACAUUAUUAAUAUAUCUGCUCUCUGGUCAUUCUGUCUCAGUUGCCUGAAUUUUGAUCUUUUGAAGUUCCAUUGUGUAUGCUUUGUUUUGCAGUUUUACUAUUUUGUAUCGUACAUAUUUCUAGCUCUUGUUCAUCCCAGAAACAUACUUGAAUCUGUUAGUUUUUGAUACCCGUUUGUAGUUUUGGAGUUGGAAUUUUUAUGUCAAAAUGUGUUAAUACUCAGUGCAUUCAACUGUAGUGCACUACUUUUGCACCCUCAUUACUUCUUAUGAAAAUAAAGAUUUGGUGGCAGAUCCUGUUUUAGACCUUUUUAAUGGUAGAACCUCUUUCUUUGUGAGACAAUUCUCACAGUUUUAUAUCAUUGGAAUCUGCCUUUUUUUUUUUCAUUACUUCCAAGACUUUUCUAUGCAUAAAAUGUCUAUCGUGAGGUUCCCAUUUUCCCAGUCCUUCUCAGUUCUCUGUGUUACAGAAAAAAGAUUUCUGCAGCACUUGCAUAUUUCUUAUUACCAUGUAUACUUCCUGUAGAUGGUACUCAUUAACCUUAUUGCUCUAGUGUUUCUGCUCUCAAGGCAUGUGAUUUUUACCCCAGCUGUUAAUCCCUCAUUUUUAUAUUAGACAUUACACCCCAGUUGUUUUUGUUAGAACUCUUCUAAGUUCAUCACAUCAUUGCAAUAUUACCCUUACUAUUAUGCCAGAGUAAUUAAUGUUUAUACUUUCAGUUCCCUUUCCUCAGAAAUGACCAGACAUUUUGUCAAAGUAAGUGUGCUUAUUCCUCCUUUUUCCCAAGUAAAUGUAGCACUUGGCUUCCUGGGGUGCAGUACUACUGUAGCUCAUUCAUAGUUUACUGAAACAGAAAUUUUUUGUCUUUUUUCUUUUUAUUAUUUUUUUACUGUUUAGACAAAUAAAAUUAAAAAAGAUUGUUAUUGAACUUAGUACAGCACAGUGAAAUGUAUUCUGAUGAAUAUGUUUAAGCAUGUCUAUGUGUUUGAGUGGAUCUCAGAUCUUGAGGGUUAAACAUUCUUGUAGAACUUUAGUUUGUAACCAGUGUUCAGCUGUCACUUGCAUGCCACCUUCCCUUCAUUUUGUUUCUCUGGUCUUCCUCGUGAAUGAGAGUAUUUUUGAAUAACUGUUGUAACUGAGUCAUAAAUUUACAUCUAUGUGAAUGAAAAAGUGAAAAUUAUUUAUUUUAUGUGCUGAAAAUUGUGUGUGUGUGAGUGUGUGUGUGUAUGUGUGUGUGCGCGCGCACUGGUGCAUGUCUGCAUGAAUCUAAUCAUCUCUUGAUACCAAAACACAGUAUCAUGAAUCUGACCUGUCUUAAAAAUAUUCUUUCCACAUUUUCAUGCAGCUUUCUGCAAUUUUACUGACAAGAAUAUCAAAAAGGACUUUCCAUGGUAUGUUUGGAGGAAUUUUGGAGGACAUCAGAUUUUCAUACAAUUUAUUGUACAUUAGUUGUCUGACAUUGAUAACCAGACUAAAAGUUAAUCUCUGAUCUAUAAUUUCAAAAAAAUCAAUUCCAAACCUGCCUUCAAAUAAACAAAGCAUUAUCUUCAUUUAAUUUUCAUCAGUUACUGAGUUUGACGUUCACAUAGUGUUACCAUUGCAGAAUCUGAAACAAAUUUGUGCAUGGAGAUGGUGGUCUUUAUAAAAUUGUGAUUCAUUUUUGUGAUAUCAUCUCAUUAAUGUUAAGGACAGUGUUUAAAAUAUAUUUUUAUUGUCUUGCAACUAUUUCUAUUGUGAUAGCAGUAAGUAUUAGUAACUGUUGAUAAUUGUGAUUAAAUGUGUGUUUAUAAUAAAUCCUUAAACAGAGAUAA